AUGGAUGAAGGGGUGGUUACAAACAAAGUGUUCUCGAUAUGGCUUCGACGGUACAGUGAUUCUGGUGAAAACGGUGGAGAAAUAGUCUUUGGAGGUAUAGACCAAGAGCACUUCACCGGAGCUCAUACCUACGUUGAUGCUGAAGGGCCGCAUAACACCUUCAAGGUGCACUCCUUUUUUGUGGGCAAAAUUGACACGAAAGUUUGCUCCAAGGGAUGCAAAGUUCUUGUGGACUCGGGGAGUACAUACAUUCGUGGUCCACCGAAUUUGAUCGUCAAAAUUAAUAAGCAAAUCGGAAUAGCAGCAGACUGCUCUAAUUAUGACAAGCUGUCUGAAGUUAUAAGCUUCACAAUAGCCGCAAAGACUUUUACCCUCACACCACGCGAUUACAUUGAGAGAAAGAAUGGGAAAUGCAAGAGUGUAUUCCCGGAUGGUACGACUGAUUUAUGGCAACUUGGCACGCCAUUAAUUCGAGCAUUUCAUACUGUUUGGGACUACCAGACUCCAGGAACUAUUAAAGUCGGAUUCGCCAAGUCCAAAUAA